AUGUAUCAUGACUGCAAUUCCCACAAUGGUGUCGAUACAAAUGGGGCCAUGAACUCACGAUCAUCUUCUUUUUCUGUGCCAUCAGUGCGCCUCCACCAACGUCCUUCUUUCUCUCAUCGCCUAUCCUUUGCCGUCUCAAGUGCUGAACAAGGCGAGGCUACCAAUGUGCCGAAUGUCGCAGAACGUCAGAUAGAUGAGGAAAUCGAGGAAAUCAAACGUUAUGAGGAUUUUACGACUAUAGAUUGGGUUCAAGAUGCGGCGAAAGAACAAAUACGAAGGAAAGUGCGAAAGAGAGAAACCGCGGGCUUUUUUGAAAGAGGCGGUCAUGCGGGUUGGAGAUAUAAAUUAUGGGAAUCUUAUGAUGCGGCGCAAGCUUGGAUUGUGGUUACUAUUAUAGGCGCUGCAAUUGGUCUUAAUGCUGCAUUUUUGAAUAUAAUCACGGAAUGGCUUUCAGAUAUUAAGUUGGGAUAUUGCAAGACUGGAUUCUACCUCAACGAGAGCUUUUACGAUAUUCGCAUUGACUUCAGCAAGUCUCCUGGAUCUGGAAUUUCUGAAAUAAAAUGUAUCAUUGCUGGAUUUGUCAUGAAAGGAUUUCUUGGAUUCUGGACUUUGAUCAUUAAAUCAAUUGCACUCCCUCUAGCAAUUGCAUCUGGCUUAUCAGUAGGUAAAGAAGGACCAAGUGUUCAUUAUGCAGUAUGUACCGGCAAUGUCAUCUCCAGACUUUUCGAAAAAUAUAAACGAAAUGCCUCCAAAACUCGAGAAAUUCUAAGUGCUUGUGCAGCAGCUGGUGUUGCUGUGGCAUUUGGUAGCCCAAUAGGAGGUGUUCUGUUUUCCCUCGAAGAGAUGUCCUCAUACUUUCCCCUUAAGACUAUGUGGCGAAGUUAUUUCUGCGCAUUGGUUGCAACAGCUGUUCUUGCGGCAAUGAAUCCAUUUCGAACAGGCCAACUUGUCAUGUUUCAAGUUCAUUAUGAUCGUGAAUGGCAUUUCUUCGAGGUAAUUUUCUACAUCGUAUUAGGUAUAUUUGGUGGACUUUAUGGAGCAUUUAUGAUCAAAUGGAAUUUGAGAGCACAAGCAUUUCGAAAGAAGUAUCUCACCAAAUAUGCAAUACUCGAAGCGACUUUACUUGCGACUGGAACUGCUCUGAUUUGCUAUCCGAACAUGUUUUUGCGAAUCGAUAUGACCGAGAGUAUGGAGAUUUUGUUUUUGGAAUGUGAAGGUGCGGAGGAUUACAAUGGUCUUUGUGAUAAAGAGAACCGAUGGAAAAUGGUCUUUUCAUUGACUUUGGCAACAAUCAUUCGAAUGUUUCUCGUAAUCAUCUCAUAUGGAUGCAAAGUUCCAGCUGGAAUUUUCGUCCCAUCCAUGGCAAUUGGAGCAUCCUUUGGUCGUACUAUCGGCAUUCUCGUCCAGGCGAUUCAUGAAGCAUAUCCCGCCUCCGUAUUUUUCGCUGCCUGUCAACCCGAUGUGCCCUGCAUCACACCAGGAACAUAUGCAUUCCUUGGCGCAGCUGCCGCUCUGAGUGGAAUCAUGCACAUUACUGUCUCUGUCGUCGUUAUUAUGUUCGAGCUUACAGGCGCAACAACCUACAUUCUUCCAACUAUGAUUGUUGUCGGCGUAACGAAAGCCGUCUCUGAAUUCUUUGGAAAGGGUGGUAUAGCGGAUCGCAUGAUUUGGUUCAACGGAUUUCCUUUCCUCGAUAAUAAAGAGGAGCAUACCUUCGGUGUGCCAGUAUCUCAAGUCAUGACAGGCGAUGUGGUCAUUUUGCCGACAACUGGCUAUACAAUGAGGCACUUGGAAAAGUUGCUCCUCGAAGAUCGAUAUCAAGGAUUUCCAAUCGUAGAAGAUCGCGUUUCAAAGAUUUUAGUCGGAUACAUUGGCCGGACAGAAUUAAGGUAUGCAAUCGAUCGUGUUAAACGGGAUAGAACUAUCUCUCCUUCGGCAAAAUGCUAUUUUUCGCCUCUGAACAACAAUUCAACUCAUGAUCCCAUGACUCCCACUACACCAGCAGCCUCUACAACAUUCGAAGGCAUGGCAUCAUCAUCGGUUGAUUUCAGCCGCUUCAUAGAUUCUACGCCCGUUACUGUCCAUCCUCGAUUACCAUUGGAAACCGUCAUGGAACUAUUCCAAAAGAUCGGACCUCGAGUAAUUUUAAUCGAAUACCAUGGGAAACUAGAAGGCCUGGUAACUGUCAAAGACGUCCUAAAAUACCAGUUUAAAGUGGAGGCCAACGAAGGAUUUAGAGAAGAACGAGGUCCCGUCUUAUCAAACAAUGAAGAAAGGCUAUGGGGUGUAAUGAGAAGUGUGGGAACUUGGGUGGGUAACAAAGUACAUAGUGCUAGUGGGGGAAGAAUUAGACUUGCUAGUGGAGAGACGAUAGGAAGGAGAGGGAGCCCAAGGUUCCCGCAAGAUCAUAGAAAUGAACAUAUAACGGAAGGGACAGAAGACGAUUUUGAUGACGGAUACGUCAACACACUAAUCUCCAACGCAAUGUCAACAUCCAUCAAGUCGGCAAAACAAAACAUCUUACUAACCCCCUCUUCAGACUUAAUCGAAAAUGGCAAAAUCAUCGACCCCCACAAUAUACCCCACCCAGUAAUCUUCCUCUCCGGCACCACAAACUACAACAAAGACGAGAGCCGCUGGCAAGAGAUUCUCACAGAUCGCCUCCUAGCCCGCUCUCGUUUCACAUCCACAGAUAACAAAAAUGCUACCAACGAACCAAACAGCUUUGCACCAGUCACAAUAAUCGACCCCUACAACACCGUCUGGGACUCGACUUGGCGUGAAGAUCCCUCAGAUGAAAGAUUUGUCACACAGGUGAAUUUUGAACUGGAGGGCUUGGAAUUAGCGGAUAUUGUUGUGGUGGGACUCAUAGGAGCGGAUGUUCGCGCUGGGAAAAUAGGGGCGGGAGGGACGGCAUUGGUGGAAUUGGGGACGGCGUUGAAGAGAAAAGGACAGAAGGUGGUUGUUUGUGUGGAAAAGGGGUUUUGGAAGGAGGGGUAUGUGAAGGUUCUAUGUGAGAGGUUUGGAGUGCAGUGUUUGGAUAGUUUGUCGAUGGUCGAGACAAUAGUUGGGGAGGGAGUAGAUUCAUGGGAGUCGGGGAUGAGAAUGAUGAUUUGCGUUCGUGGUGCGAUUGUUGCGGCAGACCUCAAGCUAUGA